GUGUGUUUUACUAUGUAAAUUCUUCCCCAUUUUUAUGUCCCAUGCUUUUGUCUCCGUCUGCUUUAUGUCUCUCCACCAGAAACAGGUAAUUGCACUCCUCCUUUCUCACACACUGUCCGUUUGACUGGACAUAAAACAUUUCCCCUUUCUUCAAUUUACUGCCUGUGUUUCAACAGCCAGAGAAAAGAAAAGCAAGUUCCUGUCUACUCAGCACAACUUUAAUAGCAAUUAGCUGCUGUUAACAUCCUGAGCCUCAUAUUGAUAGCCAAUCUAACAAUGUUCAUCUUCAGGUGUAGGCUACUAGUGAAUAGUGGUGGUGAGGUUGGGUAACGUGUUAUGAAUAGUGGUGGUGAGGUUGGGUAAUGUGUUAUGAAUAGUGGUGGUGAGGUUAAUGUGUUAUGAAUAGUGGUGGUGAGGUUGGGUAACGUGUUAUGAAUAGCGGUGGUGAGGUUGGGUAACGUGUUAUGAAUAGUGGUGGUGAGGUUAAUGUGUUAUGAAUAGUGGUGGUGAGGUUGGGUAACGUGUUAUGAAUAGCGAUGGUGAGGUUGGGUAAUGUGUUAUGAAUAGCGAUGGUGAGGUUGGGUAACGUGUUAUGAAUAGUGGUGGUGAGGUUGGGUAACGUGUUAUGAAUAGUGGUGGUGAGGUUGGGUAAUGUGUUAUGAAUAGCGGUGGUGAGGUUGGGUAACGUGUUAUGAAUAGUGGUGGUGAGGUUGGGUAAUGUGUUAUGAAUAGUGGUGGUGAGGUUGGGUAAUGUGUUAUGAAUAGUGGUGGUGAGGUUGGGUAAUGUGUUAUGAAUAGUGGUGGUGAGGUUGGGUAACGUGUUAUGAAUAGUGGUGGUGAGGUUGGGUAACGUGUUAUGAAUAGUGGUGGUGAGGUUGGGUAACGUGUUAUGAAUAGUGGUGGUGAGGUUAAUGUGUUAUGAAUAGUGGUGGUGAGGUUGGGUAAUGUGUUAUGAAUAGUGGUGGUGAGGUUGGGUAACGUGUUAUGAAUAGUGGUGGUGAGGUUGGGUAACGUGUUAUGAAUAGUGGUGGUGAGGUUGGGUAACGUGUUAUGAAUAGUGGUGGUGAGGUUGGGUAACGUGUUAUGAAUAGUGGUGGUGAGGUUAAUGUGUUAUGAAUAGUGGUGGUGAGGUUGGGUAAUGUGUUAUGAAUAGUGGUGGUGAGGUUGGGUAAUGUGUUAUGAAUAGCGGUGGUGAGGUUGGGUAAUGUGUUAUGAAUAGCGGUGGUGAGGUUGGGUAAUGUGUUAUGAAUAGCGGUGGUGAGGUUGGGUAACGUGUUAUGAAUAGUGGUGGUGAGGUUGGGUAACGUGUUAUGAAUAGUGGUGGUGAGGUUGGGUAACGUGUUAUGAAUAGUGGUGGUGAGGUUGGGUAACGUGUUAUGAAUAGUGGUGGUGAGGUUAAUGUGUUAUGAAUAGUGGUGGUGAGGUUGGGUAAUGUGUUAUGAAUAGUGGUGGUGAGGUUGGGUAACGUGUUAUGAAUAGUGGUGGUGAGGUUGGGUAACGUGUUAUGAAUAGUGGUGGUGAGGUUGGGUAAUGUGUUAUGAAUAGUGGUGGUGAGGUUGGGUAACGUGUUAUGAAUAGUGGUGGUGAGGUUAAUGUGUUAUGAAUAGUGGUGGUGAGGUUGGGUAAUGUGUUAUGAAUAGUGGUGGUGAGGUUGGGUAAUGUGUUAUGAAUAGUGGUGGUGAGGUUGGGUAAUGUGUUAUGAAUAGUGGUGGUGAGGUUGGGUAACGUGUUAUGAAUAGUGGUGGUGAGGUUGGGUAAGGUGUUAUGAAUAGUGGUGGUGAGGUUGGGUAAUGUGUUAUGAAUAGUGGUGGUGAGGUUGGGUAAGGUGUUAUGAAUAGCGGUGGUGAGGUUGGGUAAUGUGUUAUGAAUAGUGGUGGUGAGGUUGGGUAACGUGUUAUGAAUAGUGGUGGUGAGGUUAAUGUGUUAUGAAUAGUGGUGGUGAGGUUGGGUAAGGUGUUAUGAAUAGUGGUGGUGAGGUUGGGUAAUGUGUUAUGAAUAGUGGUGGUGAGGUUGGGUAACGUGUUAUGAAUAGUGGUGGUGAGGUUAAUGUGUUAUGAAUAGUGGUGGUGAGGUUGGGUAAUGUGUUAUGAAUAGUGGUGGUGAGGUUGGGUAAUGUGUUAUGAAUAGUGGUGGUGAGGUUGGGUAAUGUGUUAUGAAUAGCGGUGGUGGGGUUGGGUAAUGUGUUAUGAAUAGUGGUGGUGAGGUUAAUGUGUUAUGAAUAGUGGUGGUGAGGUUGGGUAAUGUGUUAUGAAUAGUGGUGGUGAGGUUGGGUAAUGUGUUAUGAAUAGUGGUGGUGAGGUUGGGUAACGUGUUAUGAAUAGUGGUGGUGAGGUUGGGUAAUGUGUUAUGAAUAGUCGUGGUGAGGUUGGGUAACGUGUUAUGAAUAGUGGUGGUGAGGUUGGGUAAUGUGUUAUGAAUAGUGGUGGUGAGGUUGGGUAACGUGUUAUGAAUAGUGGUGGUGAAUUUGGGUAACAAGUUAUGAAUAGCGGUGGUGAGGUUGGGUAACGUGUUAUGAAUAGUGGUGGUGAGGUUGGGUAAUGUGUUAUGAAUAGUGGUGGUGAGGUUGGGUAAUGUGUUAUGAAUAGUGGUGGUGAGGUUGGGUAAGGUGUUAUGAAUAGCGGUGGUGAGGUUGGGUAAUGUGUUUUGAAUAGUGGUGGUGAGGUUGGGUAAUGUGUUAUGAAUAGUGGUGGUGAGGUUGGGUUACGUGUUAUGAAUAGUGGUGGUAAGGUUCAUGUGUUAUGAAUAGUGGUGGUGAGGUUGGGUAAUGUGUUAUGAAUAGUGGUGGUGAGGUUGGGUAAGGUGUUAUGAAUAGUGGUGGUGAGGUUGGGUAACGUGUUAUGAAUAGUGGUGGUGAGGUUGGGUAAUGUGUUAUAAAUAGUGGUGGUGAGGUUGGGUAACGUGUUAUGAAUAGUGGUGGUGAGGUUGGGUAACGUGUUAUGAAUAGUGGUGGUGAGGUUGGGUAACGUGUUAUGAAUAGUGGUGGUGAGGUUGGGUAACGUGUUAUGAAUAGUGGUGGUGAGGUUGGGUAACGUGUUAUGAAUAGUGGUGGUGAGGUUAAUGUGUUAUGAAUAGUGGUGGUGAGGUUGGGUAAUGUGUUAUGAAUAGUGGUGGUGAGGUUAAUGUGUUAUGAAUAGUGGUGGUGAGGUUGGGUAAUGUGUUAUGAAUAGUGGUGGUGAUGUUGGGUAACAAGUUAUGAAUAGCGGUGGUGAGGUUGGGUAAUGUGUUAUGAAUAGCGGUGGUGAGGUUGGGUAACGUGUUAUGAAUAGUGGUGGUGAGGUUGGGUAAUGUGUUAUGAAUAGUGGUGGUGAGGUUGGGUAAGGUGUUAUGAAUAGUGGUGGUGAGGUUGGGUAAGGUGUUAUGAAUAGUGGUGGUGAGGUUGGGUUAUGUGUUUUGAAUAGUGGUGGUGAGGUUAAUGUGUUAUGAAUAGUGGUGGUGAGGUUGGGUAACGUGUUAUUAAUAGUGGUGGUGAGGUUAAUGUGUUAUGAAUAGUGGUGGUGAGGUUGGGUAACGUGUUAUGAAUAGUGGUGGUGAGGUUGGGUAACGUGUUAUGAAUAGUGGUGGUGAGGUUGGGUAACAUGUUAUGAAUAGUGGUGGUGAGGUUGGGUAACAAGUUAUGAAUAGCGGUGGUGCGGUUGGGUAAUGUGUUAUGAAUAGUGGUGGUGAGGUUGGGUAACGUGUUAUGAAUAGUGGUGGUGAGGUUGGGUAAUGUGUUAUGAAUAGUGGUGGUGAGGUUGGGUAACGUGUUAUUAAUAGUGGUGGUGAGGUUGGGUAAGGUGUUAUGAAUAGUGGUGGUGAGGUUGGGUAAUGUGUUAUGAAUAGUGGUGGUGAGGUUGGGUAACGUGUUAUGAAUAGUGGUGGUGAGGUUGGGUAAUGUGUUAUGAAUAGUGGUGGUGAGGUUGGGUAACGUGUUAUGAAUAGUGGUGGUGAGGUUGGGUAAUGUGUUAUGAAUAGUGGUGGUGAGGUUGGGUAAUGUGUUAUGAAUAGUGGUGGUGAGGUUGGGUAAUGUGUUAUGAAUAGUGGUGGUGAGGUUGGGUAAUGUGUUAUGAAUAGUGGUGGUGAGGUUGGGUAACGUGUUAUGAAUAGUGGUGGUGAGGUUAAUGUGUUACGAAUAGUGGUGGUGAGGUUGGGUAACGUGUUAUGAAUAGUGGUGGUGAGGUUGGGUAACGUGUUAUGAAUAGUGGUGGUGGGGUUGGGUAACGUGUUAUGAAUAGUGGUGGUGAGGUUGGGUAAUGUGUUAUGAAUAGUGAUGGUGAGGUUGGGUAAUGUGUUAUGAAUAGUGGUGGUGAGGUUGGGUAACGUGUUAUGAAUAGUGGUGGUGAGGUUGGGUAACGUGUUAUGAAUAGUGGUGGUGAUGUUAAUGUGUUAUGAAUAGUGGUGGUGAGGUUGGGUAACGUGUUAUGAAUAGUGGUGGUGAUGUUGGGUAAUGUGUUAUGAAUAGUGGUGGUGAGGUUGGGUAACAUGUUAUGAAUAGUGGUGGUGAGGUUGGGUAACAAGUUAUGAAUAGUGGUGGUGAGGUUGGGUAAUGUGUUAUGAAUAGUGGUGGUGAGGUUGGGUAACAUGUUAUUAAUAGUGGUGGUGAGGUUGGGUAAGGUGUUAUGAAUAGUGGUGGUGAGGUUGGGUAAUGUGUUAUGAAUAGUGGUGGUGAGGUUGGGUAACGUGUUAUGAAUAGGGUGAGGUUGGGUAAGGUGUUAUGAAUAGUGGUGGUGAGGUUGGGUUAUGUGUUUUGAAUAGUGGUGGUGAGGUUGGGUAAUGUGUUAUGAAUAGUGGUGGUGAGGUUGGGUUACGUGUUAUGAAUAGUGGUGGUAAGGUUCAUGUGUUAUGAAUAGUGGUGGCGAGGUUGGGUAACGUGUUAUGAAUAGUGGUGGUGAGGUUGGGUAAUGUGUUAUGAAUAGCGGUGGUGAGGUUGGGUAACGUGUUAUGAAUAGUGGUGGUGAGGUUGGGUAAUGUGUUAUGAAUAGUGGUGGUGAGGUUGGGUAAUGUGUUAUGAAUAGUGGUGGUGAGGUUGGGUAAUGUGUUAUGAAUAGUGGUGGUGAGGUUGGGUAACGUGUUAUGAAUAGUGGUGGUGAGGUUGGGUAAUGUGUUAUGAAUAGCGGUGGUGAGGUUGGGUAACGUGUUAUGAAUAGUGGUGGUGAGGUUAAUGUGUUAUGAAUAGUGGUGGUGAGGUUGGGUAAUGUGUUAUGAAUAGUGGUGGUGAGGUUGGGUAACGUGUUAUGAAUAGUGGUGGUGAGGUUGGGUAACGUGUUAUGAAUAGUGGUGGUGAGGUUGGGUAAUGUGUUAUGAAUAGCGGUGGUGAGGUUGGGUAACGUGUUAUGAAUAGUGGUGGUGAGGUUAAUGUGUUAUGAAUAGUGGUGGUGAGGUUGGGUAAUGUGUUAUGAAUAGUGGUGGUGAGGUUGGGUAACGUGUUAUGAAUAGUGGUGGUGAGGUUGGGUAACGUGUUAUGAAUAGUGGUGGUGAGGUUGGGUAAUGUGUUAUGAAUAGUGGUGGUGAGGUUGGGUAACGUGUUAUGAAUAGUGGUGGUGAGGUUAAUGUGUUAUGAAUAGUGGUGGUGAGGUUGGGUAAUGUGUUAUGAAUAGUGGUGGUGAGGUUGGGUAAUGUGUUAUGAAUAGUGGUGGUGAGGUUGGGUAAUGUGUUAUGAAUAGUGGUGGUGAGGUUGGGUAACGUGUUAUGAAUAGUGGUGGUGAGGUUGGGUAAGGUGUUAUGAAUAGUGGUGGUGAGGUUGGGUAAUGUGUUAUGAAUAGUGGUGGUGAGGUUGGGUAAGGUGUUAUGAAUAGCGGUGGUGAGGUUGGGUAAUGUGUUAUGAAUAGUGGUGGUGAGGUUGGGUAACGUGUUAUGAAUAGUGGUGGUGAGGUUAAUGUGUUAUGAAUAGUGGUGGUGAGGUUGGGUAAGGUGUUAUGAAUAGUGGUGGUGAGGUUGGGUAAUGUGUUAUGAAUAGUGGUGGUGAGGUUGGGUAACGUGUUAUGAAUAGUGGUGGUGAGGUUAAUGUGUUAUGAAUAGUGGUGGUGAGGUUGGGUAAUGUGUUAUGAAUAGUGGUGGUGAGGUUGGGUAAUGUGUUAUGAAUAGUGGUGGUGAGGUUGGGUAAUGUGUUAUGAAUAGCGGUGGUGGGGUUGGGUAAUGUGUUAUGAAUAGUGGUGGUGAGGUUAAUGAGUUAUGAAUAGUGGUGGUGAGGUUGGGUAAUGUGUUAUGAAUAGUGGUGGUGAGGUUGGGUAAUGUGUUAUGAAUAGUGGUGGUGAGGUUGGGUAACGUGUUAUGAAUAGUGGUGGUGAGGUUGGGUAAUGUGUUAUGAAUAGUCGUGGUGAGGUUGGGUAACGUGUUAUGAAUAGUGGUGGUGAGGUUGGGUAAUGUGUUAUGAAUAGUGGUGGUGAGGUUGGGUAACGUGUUAUGAAUAGUGGUGGUGAAUUUGGGUAACAAGUUAUGAAUAGCGGUGGUGAGGUUGGGUAACGUGUUAUGAAUAGUGGUGGUGAGGUUGGGUAAUGUGUUAUGAAUAGUGGUGGUGAGGUUGGGUAAUGUGUUAUGAAUAGUGGUGGUGAGGUUGGGUAAGGUGUUAUGAAUAGCGGUGGUGAGGUUGGGUAAUGUGUUUUGAAUAGUGGUGGUGAGGUUGGGUAAUGUGUUAUGAAUAGUGGUGGUGAGGUUGGGUUACGUGUUAUGAAUAGUGGUGGUAAGGUUCAUGUGUUAUGAAUAGUGGUGGUGAGGUUGGGUAAUGUGUUAUGAAUAGUGGUGGUGAGGUUGGGUAAGGUGUUAUGAAUAGUGGUGGUGAGGUUGGGUAACGUGUUAUGAAUAGUGGUGGUGAGGUUGGGUAAUGUGUUAUGAAUAGUGGUGGUGAGGUUGGGUAACGUGUUAUGAAUAGUGGUGGUGAGGUUGGGUAACGUGUUAUGAAUAGUGGUGGUGAGGUUGGGUAACGUGUUAUGAAUAGUGGUGGUGAGGUUGGGUAACGUGUUAUGAAUAGUGGUGGUGAGGUUGGGUAACGUGUUAUGAAUAGUGGUGGUGAGGUUAAUGUGUUAUGAAUAGUGGUGGUGAGGUUAAUGUGUUAUGAAUAGUGGUGGUGAGGUUGGGUAAUGUGUUAUGAAUAGUGGUGGUGAUGUUGGGUAACAAGUUAUGAAUAGCGGUGGUGAGGUUGGGUAAUGUGUUAUGAAUAGCGGUGGUGAGGUUGGGUAACGUGUUAUGAAUAGUGGUGGUGAGGUUGGGUAAUGUGUUAUGAAUAGUGGUGGUGAGGUUGGGUAAGGUGUUAUGAAUAGUGGUGGUGAGGUUGGGUAAGGUGUUAUGAAUAGUGGUGGUGAGGUUGGGUUAUGUGUUUUGAAUAGUGGUGGUGAGGUUAAUGUGUUAUGAAUAGUGGUGGUGAGGUUGGGUAACGUGUUAUUAAUAGUGGUGGUGAGGUUAAUGUGUUAUGAAUAGUGGUGGUGAGGUUGGGUAACGUGUUAUGAAUAGUGGUGGUGAGGUUGGGUAACGUGUUAUGAAUAGUGGUGGUGAGGUUGGGUAACAUGUUAUGAAUAGUGGUGGUGAGGUUGGGUAACAAGUUAUGAAUAGCGGUGGUGCGGUUGGGUAAUGUGUUAUGAAUAGUGGUGGUGAGGUUGGGUAACGUGUUAUGAAUAGUGGUGGUGAGGUUGGGUAAUGUGUUAUGAAUAGUGGUGGUGAGGUUGGGUAACGUGUUAUUAAUAGUGGUGGUGAGGUUGGGUAAGGUGUUAUGAAUAGUGGUGGUGAGGUUGGGUAAUGUGUUAUGAAUAGUGGUGGUGAGGUUGGGUAACGUGUUAUGAAUAGUGGUGGUGAGGUUGGGUAAUGUGUUAUGAAUAGUGGUGGUGAGGUUGGGUAACGUGUUAUGAAUAGUGGUGGUGAGGUUGGGUAAUGUGUUAUGAAUAGUGGUGGUGAGGUUGGGUAAUGUGUUAUGAAUAGUGGUGGUGAGGUUGGGUAAUGUGUUAUGAAUAGUGGUGGUGAGGUUGGGUAAUGUGUUAUGAAUAGUGGUGGUGAGGUUGGGUAACGUGUUAUGAAUAGUGGUGGUGAGGUUAAUGUGUUACGAAUAGUGGUGGUGAGGUUGGGUAACGUGUUAUGAAUAGUGGUGGUGAGGUUGGGUAACGUGUUAUGAAUAGUGGUGGUGGGGUUGGGUAACGUGUUAUGAAUAGUGGUGGUGAGGUUGGGUAAUGUGUUAUGAAUAGUGAUGGUGAGGUUGGGUAAUGUGUUAUGAAUAGUGGUGGUGAGGUUGGGUAACGUGUUAUGAAUAGUGGUGGUGAGGUUGGGUAACGUGUUAUGAAUAGUGGUGGUGAUGUUAAUGUGUUAUGAAUAGUGGUGGUGAGGUUGGGUAACGUGUUAUGAAUAUUGGUGGUGAUGUUGGGUAAUGUGUUAUGAAUAGUGGUGGUGAGGUUGGGUAACAUGUUAUGAAUAGUGGUGGUGAGGUUGGGUAACAAGUUAUGAAUAGUGGUGGUGAGGUUGGGUAAUGUGUUAUGAAUAGUGGUGGUGAGGUUGGGUAACAUGUUAUUAAUAGUGGUGGUGAGGUUGGGUAAGGUGUUAUGAAUAGUGGUGGUGAGGUUGGGUAAUGUGUUAUGAAUAGUGGUGGUGAGGUUGGGUAACGUGUUAUGAAUAGGGUGAGGUUGGGUAAGGUGUUAUGAAUAGUGGUGGUGAGGUUGGGUUAUGUGUUUUGAAUAGUGGUGGUGAGGUUGGGUAAGGUGUUAUGAAUAGUGGUGGUGAGGUUGGGUUACGUGUUAUGAAUAGUGGUGGUAAGGUUCAUGUGUUAUGAAUAGUGGUGGUGAGGUUGGGUAAUGUGUUAUGAAUAGUGGUGGUGAGGUUGGGUAAGGUGUUAUGAAUAGUGGUGGUGAGGUUGGGUAACGUGUUAUGAAUAGUGGUGGUGAGGUUGGGUAACGUGUUAUGAAUAGUGGUGGUGAGGUUGGGUAAUGUGUUAUGAAUAGUGGUGGUGAGGUUGGGUAACGUGUUAUGAAUAGUGGUGGUGAGGUUGGGUAAUGUGUUAUGAAUAGUGGUGGUGAGGUUGGGUAACGUGUUAUGAAUAGUGGUGGUGAGGUUGGGUAACGUGUUAUGAAUAACCCCUCUAUGUACCGUAGGUACAGUAUGUGUCAUUGUCAUUCCUUCUUUUCUGUCCCUAGGUUUUCAGAAGACUCCGCCUCGGCCCUGAACCCCCCCCCAGUUCGUUCCCUGUCCCCCUCCCCUAUCCACCACUCCCAGCCCGCCCUGUCCCUGUCCCCCACCCCUUCCUCCCAGUACCCCAACUGGAACCGUCCCCCGUCCCCCCAGCCCCCUGUGGCUGCCGUACAGCCCCCUUCACGCUCCCACUCCCCCCUGUCCUCCCCCACCUACUCCCCUUAUCCCACCUCCCCUAAACACCGGCCUGUGUAUCGUACCAAAGCCCUGGAGUUCCAGUUCAUUCCAAGUAGAGAGUCUAGGAAGGCAGAGUCCCACCACCUGCAGCGUAGGAGAGCCCCAAGUCCCCUCAUCUCCCCCUCAGAGAGGCCCAAACUGGGUCCACCCCGCCCCUCCUCCCUCCCCCUCCUCCCCACCACACCCCUCUACAGCAGCCUCUACGAGCUCCGUGGCUCUAUGACCCCGCCCUCGCCCGCUAACCACAUGGGGGACCCCUACUUCUCCCCCUCCCCUCCUCUCUUCGCCCCCUCUGGCGCCCCUCCUCCCCCAAACGCCUCCCUGUUGGUGUCUCGCUCGCUCUCCCCCACACACUUUUUAUCUGGUAGCUCAUCCCCUCCCCUUCACCCUCUCCCCGCUCCCCCCUGCCUGAGCUACCCCCACCUCCCUCCCCCAUCCCCCUCCAAGCCCUUUGCCUCCAAGCCACUGCCUUAUUGGACCAAAUAUGACGUGGCUGAUUGGCUGGGAUACCUGAACCUGGGCGAGCACAGGGAGCAUUUCCUGGACAACGAGAUCGACGGCACUCACCUGCCCUCCCUCACCAAGGAGGACUAUCUGGACCUGGGGGUGACGCGCGUCGGACACCGCAUGAACAUCGAACGUGCUCUGAAGAGAGUGUCUGACAGGCUCUCCAGCUCUCCUUUUCCCAUUUCUGCUCUGUCACCACGAGGAAGAAGGGAUGAUGGGAGUCGGAGUUGAGAAGAGAAAGAGAAAGGAGGGGGGAUGGAGUCAGUGAGGGAACAGGAGAGAGAGAGAGGCCACAACUGCUGCUAUCCAUGAUGGAUUCAUACAACAAACGCAGAGGACCUGAUUUCACCCAGAGGGAGGACCAAUCAGGAAAAGAGAGGGGAAAUGAGGGAUGGAAAAAGGGCUGACCAAUGCCUGGUACUCAGGGCCUGGUAGCUGACUCACACAGAUCCACUCGCAUGCACACAAAUACAGUAACACACACAAGCACUGACUCUGUCAACACACACACACAAACACUACGAGGAUGGAAUGACAAUGUAGAUUGAGGCAACAAAUAACAAUAGGAGUAAAAUAGUGACAAAAUUUAGCCCAAAAUAUUGAGAGAAACAAUCAAAUGUUGUUUAGCUUUUUCAUCAGUUCCUAGUGUUGUCGGGGAAAGAGAGAACGAGGAUUGUCCUCAUUAUUAACACUAGUUAGUGCUUUCUCCUCCGUGUAGCUCUAGUUCCUCCUCUCUACCCUAGGGUUAGGUAGCUCCUCCUCUCUAACCAAGGGUUAGUUAGCUGUCUAGCUCCUCCUCUCUACCCUAGGGUUAGGUAGCUCCUCCUCUCUAACCAAGGGUUAGUUAGCUGUCUAGCUCCUCCUCUCUACCCUAGGGUUAGGUAGCUUCUCCUCUCUACCCUAGGGUUAGUUAGCUGUCUAGCUCCUCCUCUCUACCCUAGGGUUAGUUAGCUGUCUAGCUCCUCCUCUCUACCCUAGGGUUAGUUAGCUAUCUAGCUCCUCCUCUCUACCCUAGGGUUAGUUAGCUGUCUAGCUCCUCCUCUCUACCCUAGGGUUAGUUAGCUGUCUAGCUCCUCCUCUCUACCCUAGGGUUAGUUAGCUGUCUAGCUCCUCCUCUCUACCCUAGGGUUAGUUAGCUGUCUAGCUCCUCCUCUCUACCCUAGAGUUAGUUAGCUGUCUAGCUCCUCCUCUCUACCCUAGGGUAAGGAUUAGGUACAGUAGCUGUCUUGCUUGACUGUUGUUGGCUCCAUAGCUGGCUGUUCAGAUGUGUUCAGUUUCAGUAGAGACUCCCCUUACAGUUAGUGGAGUGCAGUUAAUGAAAACCUGUGUGAGUGAAUAGAAAUGUUAAGAGCUCUUUGUCUGAGUGAAUGUCAUUGCUGGAGCGAUUUAUUGGGAUGAAUAUUCAUGUCCAUAUUCUGUAGUUCAGAAUAUGGGCAUGAAUGAGACAAGGUGGCAGCCUACAUGCAUGUCUUGGGUAAUGUCGUAGCGGAGCCCCUAUCUGUUGGACUGAAUGAUAUGACUGGUCCCCUGUUGGAAAGAGCUUGACGGGUAAAUCGUCACUUGACUGUAGUGGCUGUGUCUGGAGGAAACCUGUCUGUAUGACUGUGUGUGAUUGGUUGUCAGUUUUUACCUCACCAAUGGGAUGGCUCCAUGCUCACUGAAGGCCCUUCGAUAAGGACCUGUAAACACAUUCUAUUUCUCUAUAGCUUCUUUAUCAUCUUAAGUCUUAUAACGGCAUAUUAUAUACAGACUGGUCACUGUAUUACAAAUCUGUAGCAAAAAUAAGUGCCCAGACCAACAGCAUAGAAACAAACACACAGACAUGUACAUCCUCUCACUCAAUAACACAGAUCACUAUACUGACCAAUAUAGAAAUGCACACUUACAAAUGCUCAUGUAUGUAAUGUACACACAUAUUCACAUUCUCUCACACACACACAGAGUUUGUGUUAGUAUUAAUGGGACACCUUAAAUAUAUUUGUUUGGAUCCAAGAUGUAUCUGAUACUAAAAGGGACUGUGAUUUCAGAGAUGGAGGGAAUACGUGACAUAAACAGUAUCUCAUUGAAGAUUGACUCCAUUUAUACGAAAGACUUUCGAAGCAUCGAAGCAACUGCUAUUCAACCGCUCUAAAGUUCUCUGUGCAAGGAGACUGAAAAGGAGAGGGGAGGGAAAGAGAAACAAACUGCCAAAUCUUCCUCUUUCCCACCCAAUCCCCCCACUCCUUCCAGAAACUCUUUCUACAGAAGCAUGAGAACAUGAACGGAGGCCCAAAUGAGUGGGAGGAGAGAUAUGUUCUGUUUUAAUACUACAAUUGUUCUUACAACAAUUUUUUUUUUACUUAAAAUGGGUCUGGAAUACUGCUAUUGAUAUGAAGAGAAUUAUUGUUACUAUUAUCAUUACUAUCAUCGUCCUUACUGUUAUAAGGUGAAGUUCCCCGUUCUGCCUUUCAUGGCUGAGGUGGCGCUCUUGCAUUUUAGGCAAUGUAUUUUCAUAAUUUUGCCAGUAGUGUUAGUCGAUAUAAUCCUAUAAAAUUGUUGAGAUUCAUGACUGUAGGUCAAAGUAUGACACCAUGGUGUCUAACAAUUUAAAAUGUAUAUAAAUAUAAAACUAUAUUGUUACUUCCAAAAAUACAGAAAAAACAUUUAUUUCUUUUGAUGUACAAAAUGCUUUACAUAUCAAGGCUUUUGUCUAGUCAUAAAAACACCACAUUUCCUUUGCGCUCUUGUUUUAGUAUAAUAUUUUGAAAUUAAGGUUUGACUGAUGUAUGCUUCAGAUUGACAUUGAGGCCUAGAUUCAAUCCGGAGGGUGGAAGAGCCGCGUUAUAGCACGAUUGGCAUUUAAAGACAAUGUUCCCGCAUUCGCGGAGACUGCAUUCACAGUAAACACUGCAUUUGUCGGCUCAAUUGGAAAUGACCUCUCAAUGUCAAUUGCGCUAUAACGAGGAUAUUCCGCGUUCUGGGUUGAAUCUAGCCCUAAAUAUAUUUUUAUGCAAGAAUUCCUCUGCCAUCCAAGCUUCCUCUCAAGUUGAGGCAGUGUCUGUGUAUAAAGCUGUGAAUUAACGUAUCACUUUAAACCUCACUGUGUGGAAGCCAAAGUUAGAUUCACUACAUUGUCAUUAUUCACAUUUUAUGCAGAUCAAGAUGUAGCUAUUGUGCCCUGGAAAUGGCCACGAGACAAAUGUUAUUGUGAAAAAGAUGCAUAUAAUUAUUCACAUCAAAUGUUUCUAUUUUGUACAUUUCAAGUCAUUAUGGAUCAUUAAAGUAGUAUUUUAUUUAUUGAUAUUUCAUUGUUUAUCUAUCUCCUCAUUUAAACAUGAAUUUAUGUCAGGGCUAUUCAACCGGGGGUCCGCAAAACCCACAAAACAAAACGUGAUUUUUAUAUCACUACCAAUAACAGAAUAAACAUUUUGAAUUACAUACCUACAGUGGAGAAUAUCUUCUUUAUAAUUAUGUCAACUUUCAUCAACUCCUAAUAUAGAGCAAAUUACACUCAUUGAAGCCAAUAAUGACACGAGUGUCUGACAUAGGCUUUGAAACAGCACACGUGUAUAAGUUUCCAGUGUGGCAGUGCUGCUGGAAAUAUUUCUUGACUUGGACAUACAUUUUUGGCAACACAUGGCAAACCUUUGUUUAACUAGCUAAACAGUUGUUCUUAGUGAAAGUGUUUAAAUGACCUUUCUAGGUAAUAGGCUGUGUUAGUUUACACACUUCCUCUUCCAAUUGUGGGGAGUUCAAAAUAAUGACAAAUUAUCUACCAAAUCUAUUUUUAAAUGUUGAUUACUUCACCAUUCCAUUGUCAAUCACCUGAUGAGAAAAUGUAUGAUGGGGUCCCUGGGUCGCCCGUUUGCACGGGAGGGGCUCCCUGAGCAAGGAAAGGUUAAAUACCCCUGAUUUGUCAUUUCACAGGAAUUAUACUAUUAACCUAUUUUCACCUUGCAUUUACAGUUGGAUUGGGUGCUAUCAGUUGAAAGUCUCUUUUCUCCAUCACUAAAAUCAAAUAAGGGCUCUUCCAUUUUCUCUAUUUACUACUAGACACCAUAUUGGAGUCCUAAAACACACCCCAGCAGUGGGAGGGUAUUGGCAGGUUACAUGCAUGAGUGCUUUCCAUCUCACUCUGGAGGAAUGUGAGGCCUUCAGAUCCUUGUCCUUAUGCCCACACGCUACACACGUCAGCUGUUUACACAGGCAGAACAAUGCAGUACUUCACUUGUUUUUUUUGACAGAUCUGAAAAAAAGUGAUUUGUCAAAUGACCAAUUAGUGGGAAAAAUAUCAGAAUUGGGCUGCCUGUGUAGACCGCCUUACAUGAGCAGAGUUCAGGAUGGGGAAUGAUGUUUGUGAUAUAGCAAUAAGGACGAUGAAAAUAAUGCUCAUCCCAAUUAUGGUUUAAGAUGUAAGAAAUCUUACCCUUAAGUUCUAAAGAAUCUGUCUUCCAAAUGAAGGUACAAUGUUAUUUAACUGAAGUGCUUUCUGUACCGCUCGCUCCAUUCCCUAUGGAAGACCUCUGUUCUGCAUGUCCUCCAGGCAUCAACUCCCUGCAGAAAGCCCCCUACACAGCUGCUGCACUGUGAGAGACUAUGUACUGUUCAGCUGGUUUACAGUCACUGCAUUAUGCAAUGGGUUCAUUAUCACAUUCCUCUUAGAAUAAGGUAUGAAUGCCUGUCCCUGCUGCUAUGACAACCUUACCAUUUACUAGUGUUGGGUAAAUGUGGCAGUGACAAACUUCUUUUGCAGUGUUUUUCACCACCAUCUCAUAGCAGGAUUCAAGAGGUGUAUAAUUACGCUGUCAGGAUCUGGCUGUAUAGAAAGCACCAUCUUGUUUAAGAGAAUAUUUUAAACUGAUGAGAAGUAUGAGCAGAUGAACAGUAACUUACAGAAUGUGAUACACGUAUGCACAUUCAUAUAAACAUAAAUAUAUGAAUGUCAAAUGUUAAGAGAUUAAUAAAAUAUAAUUAUAAUAAAGAUCCAGAAAUAAAA